UGCUGCGCCCGCUGCAGUCACAGCCGCCUGCGGGAAGCGGGUAGCCGGGAACCCGUGCCGGAGUGCGGGCCGGGCUGGGCUGGGCUCGCUCGCGGGCUCAGCCGCCGCCCCUGCCAGUCGCCCCGCCGUCCGCCGCGCCGGCAGGCAUGACGACCGCCAUCUUGGAGCGCCUGAGCACGCUGUCGGUGAGCGGGCAGCAGCUGCGCCGCCUGCCCAAGCUCCUGGAGGACGGCCUUCCCAAGAUGCCCUGCACCGUCCCCGAGACCGACGUGCCCCAGCUCUUCCGGGAGCCCUACAUCCACACCGGCUACCGCCCCACGGGCCACGAGUGGCGCUACUACUUCUUCAGCCUCUUUCAGAAGCACAACGAGGUGGUCAACGUGUGGACCCACUUGCUGGCCGCCCUGGCCGUGCUCCUGCGAUUCUGGGCCUUCGCCGAGGCCGAGGCCUUGCCGUGGGCCUCCACGCGCUCGCUGCCCCUGCUCCUCUUCAUCCUGUCGUCGAUCACUUACCUCACGUGCAGCCUUCUGGCCCACCUGCUGCAGUCCAAGUCGGAGCUCUCGCACUACACCUUCUACUUUGUGGACUACGUGGGCGUGAGCGUCUACCAGUACGGCAGUGCCUUGGCGCACUUCUUCUACAGCUCCGACCAGGCCUGGUACGAGCUGUUCUGGCUCUUCUUCUUGCCGGCAGCUGCCUUCUGCGGCUGGUUGUCUUGCGCUGGCUGUUGCUAUGCCAAGUACCGCUACCGCAGGCCUUACCCGGUCAUGAGGAAGAUCUGUCAAGUGGUGCCGGCGGGGCUGGCCUUCGUCCUAGACAUCAGCCCCGUGGCACACCGCGUGGCCCUGUGCCACCUGGCUGGGUGCCAGGAGCAGGCGGCCUGGUACCACACCCUCCAGAUCCUCUUCUUCUUGGUCAGCGCCUACUUCUUCUCCUGCCCGGUUCCUGAGAAGUACUUCCCGGGUUCCUGUGACAUUGUGGGCCAUGGGCAUCAGAUCUUCCACGCCUUUCUGUCUGUCUGUACGCUCUCCCAGCUGGAGGCCAUCCUUCUGGACUACCAAGGGCGGCAGGAGAUCUUUCUGCAGCGCCAUGGCCCCCUGUCUGUCUACAUGGCCUGUCUUUCUUUCUUCUUCUUGGCGGCCUGCAGCGCUGCCACUGCAGCCCUUCUGAGACACAAAGUCAAGGCCAGACUGACAAAGAAAGAUUCCUGAGACUGGCAGGUGGGGUGAGGUGUGGAGGCAGGCUGUCGUGAUUUGGGGAAAACUCAGUACAACAAUGGGAGUUGACUUUUUGUUUUUAAGAGUUGCUUUUAAAUUAACACGUUUCCAAGGGUAUGCUAUGGAAUUGGAAAGCCAAAGGAUUCAAGAAUUUUGUUGUUAAUAGUUGUUGCUAAUAAAAGGAGUAUUACUUUUCCCUCUGUGUCAUAGCCUUACAAGAUACAGGAAAGGAAGGGACAUUGGCUAGGAUUCAAAGGACACUGAACUAAGGACGAUCUUUCUGCCUGAAAAUUUAGUGGAAUUCUGACUUUGGCCUGCAGGGGCAAGUCCUGGAGCUAAAGGGAUAACAAAGUUGGACUGGAAAGUAAGUACGUGGCUAGUCCACACCGUAUUGGAAUGACCAUCCUACUAUAUUGGUUUUUGGUAAUUGAGUAAACUGACCCAAGAACUUGAUUUCAUUUGGAUUUCAGAUGAUCCAGGGUGGAGAAGUCAGAAUCUUCAAGAUGAUUCAGUGAAACCCUUAGACAUAAUGAAUUACUCGGUUCAUCUGAGUUCUGGUCCCUUCUGUCUUGCCCACUCUGACACUGACCCUUUUCUCGGGAUGACGUCUGCCUGGCUGUUUUCUCUACUCCCAUCUGUACCUUGCAUGGUAAUAUAGAGGACUAUGAAGUCGUCAUAUUUCCAGGAAAUGCUUGGAUCUAUGUGGACAUUCAGGAAGCUUAUUUUCACAUACUACUACAUGGUACUAGAAAGUACAGUGCCAAGAGCCAUCAGGAGGCCCAGCCAACAAGUGUGGAUACUGUUUUGUGUCAUGAGACCCUUCUGUUUUAUACCUGUGGACUGCAGUACUUGAGAUCAAUCAGGGCUGCCUUACAGGCCAGAAAAUCUGGGGCUUGUGCUAGGGAGUUUUCUCCAGAUUCGGAGGAGCAUGUUUAAAAACAAACAAAACAAACAAACAAAAAAACCCUAAUAGAGUGAAUUGGUUCUGGUCCUUCUAGGGAUCUGAUUAUUUCAAGAGGAUCCCAAGGUCCAGCCUCUUAACUAGAUGCUGCCAUGUAAAGGACCCACAUAAUUACCCUAGUUCGGGCUCCUCAGGCAGGAGGUUAUGCCCCAACUUAGAGCUGAAUCCUUAAAAUAAUCAAGCCCCAGAACAGAUGAGCAUGUGUGAUCAUUGUGGGUUGGUCCCUGAAGGCUCCUUUGGGUAAGAAUGGUGAACCAGAUACCCUGUAGCUAGAAUUUUCUGUUGCCCAGUAGCUUGUGUGGGAUAAGUGGUACUUGUGAUUGAUGUGUUCUGGUCACACAGCCCUCUCUCAGGACCGAUUUUAUGUACUAAUCCAGUGAAGGGGGCUGUGUUGAUGGAGGAGCCAUGGAAGUCUUCUCAGAGGCUAUGUUUCCUAUCAGUAUAAGAUCCCUUUUACUACAAAGAGAAGUACUUUGUUUUCACUCCAAUUUGAUGAAUUUCUUCUAUUAAUAGGUUAUUUUAUCUUCAGGUCUUUGUUUUCUUCCUUUCUCUGAGCGAUUUGUGGAUUUUGUGCCUUAUAAAUGGAAACAUACGAACACUUAAUAGAUGGCCAUGUGGAAUUUUCAGUUUUGGGUUAUUGGGAUAAGAAAAAAAAGAAUGCAUUGCUUUUGAACCAGUGGGUGAAAGAAACUUCAGAAAACCAGAAUUACUUAUAAAUCAAAGGCACUGUCAACCAAAACAAACAAACAAACAAAGACGCUAUCAGUUUGCAUUUGGCAAAACAAAAUAAAACAAAAAAAACAGAGCCUCAACUGAAGCUUUCCUAUAAUCUUCAUGUCAAGAAAGCAUAUGUCUUGUCUGCUACAUGGAUUUCCUAGAUGGAUUUCUCUGUUAAUCCUUAAAUACCUGAACUUCUGUGCUACCCAAGUGUCUUACAUAAGCUUCUGGUGUCUAGGCCAAAAUCGUCACAAAUAAAGUUGGCAAAACUGAAGCCAGUUGAACUAAACAAGGGAAUGGGGGAGUUGUACAAACACAUUGCAAGAAGAGGGUCAGUUUAAAACGGGGACUAGAAAAUGUUUGAAAUGUUCAUUUUUAUGGAUUCAAAGACCGUAUUCUUCUAAAAGUUGGGAGGAAAGUGUAAGUCAGGCUUUUGAAUAUGGUGGUGGUCCUGCUGGACGGAGAUCUUCAGGCCAAAUGCAGGUAUUUUUUAGAAAAUAAGAAAUAGGGCAGCAACAGCGAUCUUUAAAUGUAGUCAACAGACCAUGGUCAGCUGACCCACUCUAAACGGUCUGUGACAAGUUCAGAUAGGUGAAACUCUUUAAGAUAUUGCCAUGAAAUUAUUACUCUAAUUUACACCAUGUAUUGGUCCCUCAAGUGAUAGGAAAUUUUUAAAAAAUAGUUUUUCACCAGAGAUAUUUGAGAGCACUGGGGACUAGGUAUCGAAUUAAAAUACUGGUGUCAUAAAAAACAAACAAACAAAAUAAUCAGUGUCUCAUUAGAAAUAUAUAAGCAUAGGAAAUGCAAAUGUUUUAAGUUACUCAGACUUUUGAGGGACUAAAUACUCCUUUUAGAACAUUUUCAUUAAAAUGAGUGUAUCAGCAAGGAACAGACCUAGUUUAUUUAAAAGAAAUAAGUAUUUGAUAAAGGAGAUGAUUGUUUUACUCCCCCAUAGCCUCCCCUACAGUUGACAUCUGGAAAUUCUGCCAGUUCUCUCUCUAUAUUAAAACGUAAAUGCCUCUGGAAAACCUAAACUAUCAGUCAUUUACAUCUUGUGAAUAAAAAUUCUGAUUGAGUUGUAUGAGGCCCUACUCAGGGUAAGGGGAUGGGGCAUCAGGACGCAGCCGACUGGGGACAUAUUUGCCUAUUUCCCUCUUGCCUAGUAAUUUCUGACUUAUAUUUACUAAUGAGCUAAUGUCAGUACUCCUCAGGUGUUAAAGUUUCAUUUCCCACCUCGGCUAAAAGCACUUCACUGAAUAACAAUAUUCUCAGUCCUCUAUUGGAAGCCUGAAAUAGUAGGAGCUGAGUUUGUGGAAUGAAGGUAGCUCAUUCCUGACUCCUAUCCACAAAUGGUACCUUAAUACUUAGCAGGUUCUUCAGAUGCUGCACUGUAGGUUCAAGUGGACCCUCCAGAUGGCGCUCACGUCUUACUCAGCGUGGCUAUUGUAGCCAAGUCUUUGGGCUAUUAAUUGUAUGGGUCCUAGUGUUUUGCUUGAUUGCUUGGCAAAGAAAAAAUGGAACUAUUUUAAUAUAAAUCUACUUACACGAAUGACCAUUAAACAGAUUUUGUAUAUAUG